GGGAGGCUCCUUGGGGUCCCACCAACUGACAGGGGACACAGGGCUUUUCUUGGUCGAGGGUGUUAGGCCGCUAAAGAAGCUGGGGUUGGACUCCGCACCCAGUUCUUCUUCACGGACCUCCCUGAAUUUUGCCUCUUUCUCCAGGAAGGAGACCCCCUACGUCUUAUCCCACUCGACAGCAACAGUUUCUAACAGAAGUAUCUAUUCCUCAGUCCAAAUCCCCUCUGCCUCACUCUGGGGAAAUUGAAGGGCUGGGUCAGGCUUGUGGAGAGUAUUCUCUGGAAGGAGAUUAGAAGUGUCUGUCAGGGGUGGGUGGAGCCGGGUGGGGCCGCAGGUUACUCAUAUCCUCGCUAGUCCUUAGAGCGGCAAAUUUGGGGGAGCCCUCAGCCUCCAUAGUCUGCCUUAGCAUUGUCUCCUGAGCUCUUAAGCUCUGUUGUGGGGAGGGUGUUGACUUCUGCCUUGGUGGUGGGCAGGGUCAGGUGGGGUUGGCUGUCUGAGGAGCUUCUUCCCUUCUGGGAGUCGAUGAUACUAACACGAGGUGUAAGAGCCCCAACAGGGGCUGUUGGGGCCUGUCUGGGAAGAUAGGACAUGCCAGGCAGUCCCAGACACGACCACAUUCCUCCCAACAUGCCUGCUGGGGUCCAUGGGGCUGAGGGGCUGGCAGGAGGGUGUGGGGCAGGAAGUGGGUGUUCUGGGAGUUUCUCAAGCAUGUCCAAUUCAGGAUAACUGAGGCUGGGUAUACGAACCUCUGAAGCAGAAUUAGCUGAUGUCUGCUGGCCCUCAGGAACUCAGGAGUCAGGGACCCUCAUGUCCACUUUGGCCAUGCCCUUGGCUCAAUCCAACCUCAUUUCCAGGGGCCUGAAUUCCUCCUUGAUACAUGUCCUGCGUGAACUCCAUGGGGAAUCAAGUGUGGGUGACUGAGUUGAUUCUCUGUCUCCCACCUCAGCUAUCCUGGCGUCUGAGGGGAUAUCUGGGGCUGGAAACAAAAAAAGUUUGGCUUCUCCCAGGCAUGUAGCCUCACAUACUUUGAGACCAAAAUACGCUCUGACCCUCCGGCCAGACUCCAUGCCACACAAAGGUGACAAAAGUCUUCAACAUCCUUGUCCCGUUGGACUUCCAGAGCUGUCUGCAGUAGAAGCAGUGGGUGGGUGCCUUUUGCUCCCACUUUUCAGAAGAGCAAGCUGAGGCUCCGAGAAGCAUCGUGUCCCGGGUUGUACCUGACUCCGGGCUCUUUCUCAAUGUCUUUGGCUGUGUCUGUGAGACCUUUGGUGACUGGAUAGCUAACGUCACAGGUCUUUGUGCAGGUGUGUGGUGGGUAUUAGGGUCUGUACCCAGGACUUAGGGGAACUGCCUCAAGUCUGAGCCACCUGGAUGGCUGAGGCUGUGAGAAACUCUUUAGCAUGGCUAGUCCUUAGCAGGGAGUGCUGAGGGUGGCCAUGCUGGAGUACCUCCAGCUAGCUACCCGCUUCCGGCUAUGGUGGGCUUCCUCUACAUGUAGUAAGGGACCCCCACCCCAUUUAAUGGGAACUGACAGGUCAGCAGGUUUACGGUGUGGUAAGGCCUUACUCUGUCAUCCUAGCUGAGCCCAGAGUGUGGGUUCCCGAGGGCCGUGACUCCCAGGGCCUCAUGGGAAAGUAUAGCCUGCAGGCCCACCCCUCCCCUGAUGAAUCAUGCCUGGCGGGACGAGAAAGCCCAAAACACUUCAAACAAUGAGUUUCCAGUAAAAUAUGACAGACAUGAUGAGGCGGAGGAGAGGAGGGAUCUGAUGGGGAGUUGGCGCUGGCCUGUGAGUGAUGAAAGCCAAGGGGAAUGGAAAACGCCAGGACCGCCCCCUACUCAUGACUAUAAAGCCCUGCCAUCCUUUUCUAACGUACCUGAGCAGCAUUCUCUCCUCUCUCCGCUCGCUGACUUGCUCGCUCUCUCACCUUCCUCGACAACAUGACCACCUGCAGCCGCCAGUUCACCUCCUCCAGCUCCAUGAAGGGCUCCUGCGGCAUGGGUGGUGGCUCUAGCCGCAUCUCCUCCGUCCUGACUGGAGGAUCCUGCCGGGCUCCCAGCACCUAUGGGGGCCUGACAGUCAGCUCCUCUCGCUUCUCCUCUGGGGGAGCCUAUGGGAUGGGAAGUAGCUAUGGUGGGGGCUUCAGCAGCAGCAGCAGCAGUUUUGGUGGAGGAUAUGGUGGUGGCAUUGGGGGUGGCUUUGGGGGUGGCUUAGGCGGUGGCUUCGGUGGUGGCUUCGGUGGUGGCCUUGGUGGUGGUUUUGGCGGUGGUGAUGGUCUCCUGGUGGGCAGCGAGAAGGUGACCAUGCAGAACCUCAACGACCGCCUGGCCAGCUACCUGGACAAGGUGCGUGCCCUGGAGGAGGCCAACACUGACCUGGAGGUGAAGAUCCGUGACUGGUACCAGAGGCAGCGGCCUGCUGAGAUCAAAGACUACAGCCCCUUCUUCAAGACCAUCGAGGACCUGAAGAGCAAGAUCCUUGCAGCCACUGUGGACAACGCCAAUGUCCUCCUGCAGAUCGACAAUGCCCGGCUGGCCGCUGAUGAUUUCCGUACCAAGUAUGAAACAGAGCUGAACCUGCGCAUGAGUGUGGAGGCCGACAUCAAUGGCCUACGCCGAGUGCUGGAUGAGCUGACCCUGGCCAGAGCCGACCUGGAGAUGCAGAUUGAGAGCCUCAAGGAAGAGCUGGCCUACCUGAAGAAGAACCAUGAGGAGGAGAUGGCCUCCAUGAAAGGCCAAGUGGGUGGAGAUGUCAAUGUGGAGAUGGACGCAGCACCCGGUGUGGACCUGAGCCGCAUCCUGAAUGAGAUGCGCGACCAAUACGAGAAGAUGGCUGAGAAGAACCGCAAGGAUGCCGAGGAAUGGUUCUUCACCAAGACGGAGGAACUGAACCGUGAGGUGGCCACCAACAGCGAGCUGGUGCAGAGCGGCAAGAGCGAGAUCUCUGAGCUCCGACGUACCAUGCAGAACCUGGAGAUCGAGCUGCAGUCCCAGCUCAGUAUGAAAUCAUCCCUGGAGAAUAACCUGGAGGAGACCAAAGGCCGCUACUGCAUGCAGCUGUCCCAGAUUCAGGAAAUGAUCAGCAGCGUGGAGGAGCAGCUGGGUCAGCUGCGCUGCGAGAUGGAGCAGCAGAACCAGGAGUACAAGAUCCUGCUGGACGUGAAGACGCGUCUGGAGCAGGAGAUCGCCACUUACCGUCGCCUGCUGGAGGGCGAGGAUGCCCACCUCUCCUCAUCCACCCAGUUCUCCUCAUCCUCCCAGUUCUCCUCUGGUUCUCAGUCAUCCAGAGACGUGACCUCCACCAACCGCCAGAUCCGCACCAAAGUCAUGGAUGUGCACGAUGGCAAGGUGGUCUCCAGCCACGAGCAGGUCCUGCGCACCAAGAACUAAGGCUGCUAGGCACAACUCAGGCGUAGGAGGCCCCUGUGUGGACGCAGAUACUGCUGAAAGAGCCCCUCUACUGUCCCCACGCACUUCGCCCUUUACUUGACCCGCGUCCCUGCUGGCAAUCAAUAAAGUUUCUUUCUCUGAGUUGC